CCCCUCACCACCACCACCCUCCUCUGCUGCUCGACGUUGUCGAGUCUUGCGCCUCUCACCACGACGCUCUUUGCUGCGUCAGCCCCGCUCUCGCCCGCGCUGCUCCGCCCUCUCUCUCUCUGCCGCCGCGUGCCCGCCUCGCAGGGCCGCCUGCUGCUGCCUCGCGCCGCCCCGCCCCGCGCCUCCGUCCGCUGCUUCGCCGCCGCCAAGAUGGCGUCCGCCGAGGCCGACAAGGGCCCGAUGCUGCAGUUUGAGAACACGGGCAAGCGUGACCGCCUGACGGAGCUGGAAAAGACGUUCCAGGCCGAGUGGGCGGCCGCCAAGCACUUCGAGGUCGACUCGCCAAUGCAGACCGAGGCCGGGCUCGAGGACAUGAGUCCCGAGGAGAUCCGCGCCAAGUACCCCAAGAUGCUCUUCACCUUUCCCUACGCCUAUGCCAACGGCUCGCUGCACCUCGGCCACGCCUUUUCGCUGUCCAAGGUCGAGUUCGCCACGGGCUACGAGCGCAUGCGCGGCAAGCGUGCGCUCUUCCCGUGGGCGUUCCACUGCACCGGCAUGCCCAUCCCGGCGUGCGCAGACAAGCUCAAGCGCGAGAUUGAGCUCUUCGGCGAGGACUUCUCGGGCUACAAGCCCGACGCAGAGGAGCAGCCGGAGCCGAGCGCCACGCCGUCGACGUCGAGCGUGACGCAGAGCAACGCGGCCAAGGCCACCAAGGGCAAGGUCGCGGCCAAGAGCACCGGCCUCAAGUACCAGUUCCAGAUCAUGGAGGCGACGGGCGUGCCGCGGGCAGAGAUUGCCAAGUUUGCCGACGCUCGGCACUGGCUGUCCUACUACCCGCCGAUCUCGCAGGCCGACUGCACCGCGCUCGGCGCGCGUAUCGACUGGCGCCGCGCCUUCCUCACGACGGACGUGAACCCGUACUACGACUCGUUUGUGCGCUGGCAGAUGAACAAGCUGCGCGAGGCCAACAAGAUCAAGUUCGGCGAGCGCUACACCAUCUACAGCCCCAAGGACGGCCAGCCGUGCAUGGACCACGACCGCUCCGAGGGCGAGGCGCUCGGCCCGCAGGAGUACACGGCGCUGAAGAUGGAGGUCGUGCAGUGGAGCGGCCUGGCCGCGCCCGAGGUGGACCAGAAGGUGCAGGGCAAGAAGGUGUACUUUGUCGCCGCCACGCUGCGCCCCGAGACGAUGUACGGCCAGACGAACUGCUACGUCGGCCCGGCCAUCCCCUACGGCCUGUACGCCAUCAACGACACGAACGUGUACGUCUGCACAGAGCGUGCGGCGCGCAACAUGGCCUACCAGGGCACGACGUCGGAGAAGGGCCGCGUCGAGUGCCUGGCGACGCUCGACGGCGCCAAGCUCGUCGGCACCAAGAUCAAGGCGCCCUUUGCGCACUACGGCGAGGUGUAUGUGCUGCCGAUGGAGACGGUGCUGGCGACCAAGGGCACGGGUGUCGUGACGUCGGUGCCGAGCGACUCGCCCGACGACUACGCGACGCUGAUGGAGCUGCGCAAGAAGGCCGAGUACUACAAGAUCGACCCCUCGUGGGCAGCGCUGGACCCGUUCCCGGUGCUGCGCACGCCCUCGUACGGCGACAUGGCCGCCGAGUUCCUGUGCAAGCAGAUGAAGAUCCAGUCGCCCAAGGACAAGGUGCAGCUGGCCGAGGCCAAGGACCUGACGUACAAGGAGGGCUUCUACUCGGGCGUCAUGCUGGCGGGCGAGUACAAGGGCCUGACGGUGCAGGAGGCCAAGCCAAAGGUGCGCGCCGACAUGAUCCAGCAGGGCCUCGCCUUUCCCUACGCCGAGCCCGAGGGCCGCAUCGUCAGCCGCAGUGCCGACGAGUGCGUCGUGGCGCUGUACGACCAGUGGUACAUCGACUACGGAGAGGAGUCGUGGAAGGAGCAGGCCAAGAAGCUGGUCAAGAACAUGGAGACGUUUGGCGCCGAGACGCGCAACGGCUUCGAGGGCGUGCUUGACUGGCUGCACCAGUGGGCGUGUGCGCGCAGCUACGGCCUCGGCUCGAAGCUGCCGUGGGACGAGCAGUUCCUCGUCGAGAGUCUCAGCGACUCGACGAUCUACAUGGCGUACUACACCGUCGCGCACAUGCUGCAGGGCGGCGUCGUCGACGGCUCGCAGGUGGGCCCGCUCGGCAUCGAGGCCAAGGACCUGACCGACGAGGCGUGGGACUACAUCCUCGGCGACGCCAAGCUGCCCGAGGGCAGCGCCAUCCCCGGCGAGAAGCUCGAGACGCUGCGGCGCGAGUUCCGCUACUUCUACCCCUUCGACCUGCGCUCCAGCGGCAAGGACCUCAUCCCCAACCACCUGACGUUCUGCGUGUACACGCACGCGGCACUCUUCCCCGAGCAGCACUGGCCCAAGGCGAUGCGCAUCAACGGCCACCUCAUGCUCAACGGCAAGAAGAUGAGCAAGAGCACGGGCAACGUGCUGACGAUGCGCCAGGCCGUCGACAAGUUCGGCGCCGACGCGACGCGCAUCAGCCUCGCCGACGCCGGCGACGGCAUCGAGGACGCCAACUUCGAGGAGAAGACGGCCAACGCCAACAUUCUGCGUCUCUUUACGCUGCUCGAGUGGUGCGAGCAGACGCUGGGCGAGGACAAGGGCAAGCUGCGCACGGGGGCGCGCGACGCCUUCUGGGACCGUGCGUUUGAGAACGACAUGAACGAGCUGCUUGCCUCGGCGGAGCAGAGCUACGAGCAGUCGCUGUACCGCGUGGCGCUCAAGCACAGCUUCUACGACCUGCAGUCGGCGCGCGACCUCUACCGCGAGGCGACGAGCGACGUGGGCAUGCACCACGACCUCGUCGUGCAGUGGGUGCGCCUGCAGUCGCUGCUCAUGGCGCCCAUUGCGCCGCACUUCGCCGAGCAGCUCUGGCGCAAGACGCUCGGCGAGGCGGCGAGCGUGCAGACGGCGCGCUGGCCACAGCCGUCGGCGCCCGUCGACAAGGCGCUCUCCGACGCCGCCGCCUACGUGCGCGGCCUCACAAAGACGGUGCGCGACGCCGAGGCCGUGCUCAUCAAGAAGAAGGCCAAGGGCAAGGACGCCGCGGCCAAUGCGUACAACGAAAAGGCGCCGCGCGGCGUGCGCAUCUUUGUCGCCAAGGGCUUCCCGGCGUGGCAGGACCAGGCCGUGCAGGCCGUCAAGGACAACUACGACGCCAGCACGGGCGUCGACGACGCGGGCGUGCGCAAGGCGCUUGCCGACGCCGGUAUGCUGAAGGACAAGCGCGUGAUGCCGUUUGUGAUGAGCUUCAAGAAGCGCAUCGCCGAGUUCGGCGCCGACCUCGCCUUCAACCGCCUGCUGCCGUUCGACGAGAGCAAGACGCUCGGGGAGGUGGACGCGUACAUGAGGCGCUCGCUCGGCUUUGCCGAGGUCAGCGUCGCGCCCGUCGAGGAGGCUGCGGACACCAAGCUGCUCGACAUCGCGCAGCCGGGAGCGCCCGCAUAUGAGUUCUUCAACCCCUGAGCGCGCAAAAGAGG